GUGCUGCAUUCCACCAUCAUCAUGCUACGAGGCCAGCACUAUACUAUUUAAACUGGAUCACAAAACAGGCUUGCAAUCUCGCCACAGCUUUGCCUGCCUGAGAGUCCUCGUAUUAUAGUACCUGCAGACAAUUGCUACAACAUGCAGCUGCUGAUCAUUACUGCAGCAUUGCUGAGUGCACUUAUGCAAAGGAGCUGGUGCCAGGAGUUUGGCUCGCCACCAUUGUGUCUACUCAAUCGUUUGGAUGUCCUCCCCUGCAGAGUUGUCAAUACACACACAACUCCUCUUCCACAAGACAAUGAGUAUGCAGUAUACAGUACAAGGAUUCGUGAACGUCCUCUGAGGUGUGAGAUUCGUUGCCGUGGUACCAGCCCACAAUCUCUCCCUACUGUCGAUGGAGAUCCCAGAAUUUAUUAUCUUUUCUCCCCAGGAUUUGGAAGACAAGACUAUGAUAACCGGCAGCUAAUACGGUACAGAGUGCAAUGUCCUCGUGACCAUUUUUCUUUCUUCGACCUCAUGUCUUUGGACCUGGAACCACCUUCUUGCAACAACACAGACACUGGAGAAACAAAGUGUGUGGACUACCUUCAAGUGAGCAGGGGAGGAGGUGACUUUGGGUUCCUUGAAGUGUGUGGUAACGUCACCCCCAUCUCCCUCCGGUCACAACUGGACAGCGGUACGGUUGAGGUGAUACUGAGGACAAGUGAAGACGGACGCUUCCCUGGAUUCUCCGCAGCUGUUGUGUGUGUGAGCACUGCCCUCUUGCAAGGACUUGAUGAUGGUGGGACGUCAUUGCCACGAAUUGACGGCAGUGGGGUGUCUGCUAAACUUGAUCAAUUUAAUUCCAGAGUGAGGAGACAAGUGGAGUAUGUGCAUCGAGUGAGACGCAGCACAGAAGAGCAGGCUAGGAGUCUGGCAUGCAGUGUGGAUGAUGUCAACAUUCCCUUUGAUGCUGGGAUCACGUAUAACAACAAAGUCGUCAGCAUCGUGGACAUGGCAACAAUGAAUGUGAUUAGGAGGCUGCCAGCUCCAAUUAACAAACUGACAAUAUUGGAUAACAGUGGCUCUCAACAAGAGUUUUAUCGAGAGGCCCCCCUAACCAAUAGUACUGUCAUGAUUUUUCCUGGCCCAGGCCCUUUGACUCGAGCUGGAGUGUUUGUCUUCUUCACCAGUGUCACGACCAUUCCCGAACUAGGCAACAUUUCACCACAGCUGGUUAUUCCCAGUGGUCAGGAUGCUGAUGUCACCGCUAGUCUCCUGGCAGGUCAUGUGAGUCAGGCAUCGAACGGUCAAAUUGAGUGUAAUUACACUGACAAUAAGAUUCUCCUUGCACUUCUUAACCGGCAUAUUGUCAACCCAGUGCUGGAAACAGUGAUCGAUGUGGUACUCAAUUGUACUAACAGAGAACAACCAGGAAAAAUUGAACAAAUUGCUGCAAGCAUACCACUUGACUUUCAGUUCAGUCAGGAGGUGAUCUCUGGAGCAGAAGAAAAUGGAACAGUUUGCGUUUGUGUGGAGAUAGUUACUGAUAUCUUCCUGCCCAGAAAUGUGGAAAUAAGAGUGUUCACACAAGAUGGAAAUGCCACUGAGCCGGGUGACUACACUGCUGUCAAUGCCACCGUCACGUUUAUUAGUGGAACCGUUUGUGACGGACCAGGAUCUGAGAUGUGCAUAGACAUUGAUAUUGUAUCUGAUGAUAAUUUGGUAGAGUUUUUUGAUGAAGUGUUCCUGGUGACAGCACAAUCCCUCGAUCCUAAUGUCAACGUCAUCAAUAAUACCACCGUUAUUAUUGUAGAUAGUGAUGCACUUGACGUUCAGUUCAGUCAGGAGGUGAUCUCUGGAGCAGAAGAAAAUGGAACAGUUCGCGUUUGUGUGGAGAUAGUUACUGAUAUCUUCCUGCCCAGAAAUGUGGAAAUAAGAGUGUUCACACAAGAUGGAAAUGCCACUGAGCCGGGUGACUACACUGCUGUCAAUGCCACCGUCACGUUUUUUAGUGGAACCGGAUUAGGAUCUGAGAUGUGCAUAGACAUUGAUAUUGUAUCUGAGGAUAAUUUGGUAGAGUUUGAUGAAGUGUUCCUGGUGACAGCACAAUCCCUCAAUCCUAAUGUCAACGUCAUCAAUAAUACCACUGUUAUUAUUAUAGAUAGUGAUGCACUUGACGUUCAGUUCAGUCAGGAGGUGAUCUCUGGAGCAGAAGAAAAUGGAACAGUUCGCGUUUGUGUGGAGAUAGUUACUGAUAUCUUCCUGCCCAUAAAUGUGGAAAUAAGAGUGUUCACACAAGAUGGAAAUGCCACUGAGCCGGGUGACUACACUGCUGUCAAUGCCACCGUCACGUUUGUUAGUGGAACCGGACCAGGAUCUGAGAUGUGCAUAGACAUUGAUAUUGUAUCUGAUGAUGAUUUGGUAGAGUUUGAUGAAGUGUUCCUGGUGACAGCACAAUCCCUCGAUCCUAAUGUCAACGUCAUCAAUAAUAUCACCGUUAUUAUCGUUAAUAGUGAUGAGCCAGUAUUCAGGUUUACACAAGGUGUGGUUACAGCUUGUGAGAGUGAGGGUGUUGCCAUGGUAUUUGGCAUUGAGCUUGUGUCUUCGACACUUGCUAUCCCUAUUGACAUCACCAUUGAAAUGGAUAAUGUGCUCAACACACUGACAUUUCCUUCUGGGUCUGUCCCCAACAGUAACACAACACUCAAUUUAAUCACUACCCUCAACGGCACCAAUCGGAUUCUUUUGGCCAUGGCAACAGUGACACCUCUGGGCUCAUUUCAAUUCAAUAUGAACUCUGCCACUGUAGCCCUGUUCACUAAUGACAGUGAGCCAGUGCUCUACUGCACUUCAUUUGUACGAGGUGCCUCAUCUGACGAUGGAUUUGUAGGAGUUAAUUUACAGAAUGGUCCCUUCAGGUUUCUGGAACAAAAUUACACUUCUAUCUUUGUCAGCAGCAAUGGAUAUGUGUCUCUUAGUGCUGCGUUUACAAUUUUUUCCCCAAGAGUGCUCCCACUUGUAUCGUCCAACCCCCCGGUAUUAGCCCCAUUUUGGUCAGAUUCAGAUCCAAGUGCUGGUGGGUUAGUACUUUAUGCAGAGACUCAAGACUCCAUGCUCCUCACACGAGCUGCUAAUGAAGUGAGCACUGCCUUUCCUGGCCAGCCUACCUUCACUCCUAUGUCUCUGUUCAUUGCUACUUGGCUUCAAGUCCCUCCCUUUGAUGAUCCUGAGGUAAAUACUUUCCAAGUCGUCAUGGCAUCAGAUGGUCAACGUUCAUUUGUCCUUUUCCUCUACGAUGACAUACAAGGGACAAACGGUGGUCGUGCACUGGCUGGAAUCAAUGGUGGUGAUGGUGUCCGCUCUGUGACUGUACCUGGCUCCUUAUCACUAAGUAUCAUGAACAUAAUGACCACUAGCAAUGUGGGGAGGCCUGGAGUGUGGAUGUUCAGAGUGGACACUUCCGCCAUCAUUGAUCCCAGUGAGCCCUAACAACCAACAAUGCUCAAGCUUACACCAUUGACUGCUGUAUAGUAUAUCGAAUUUAUAAGUAGAAAUAUUAUCGUAGUGACAGCAUACAUAAUUAUUGCAUAAAUCAACAUCGUAAUUAUAAUAAAUAUGCACAAUUGUAUAUCAGAGA